AUGUCAGUUGGAAUCUCUGCGAGGGAUGUCCUGGCCGUCAGUUCGCUGGCCAAGGACAUAUGUUCGUGCUUGAAAGAGAUCGGGGGUGCGAAGACCGAAUACCAAGACCUCGUGAGGGAGCUGGAAUGCCUUCAAAAGGCACUCACUCACCUUGACAGGCUGCAGUCGAAGAAGCCGUCGCCCACCAUCGAUUCGAUUCGAUUUGCCGCCCUGAGCUGCCGAAGGCCCCUCGAAGAGUUCUUGCGCAAGAUUCGAAGAUACGAGACUUUCCUCGGCCCUAAGUGCACAAAGAUAUCGCUGCAAGGCCAACUCGAUAAAAUCCGGUUUCGAUUCAGCCAAAGUGAUGAGAUUCGCAAAUUGCAAAACUACCUCAGUGUUCAUCUUGGAACGAUCAACAUACUUCUCGCAGAGCACGGCUUGGAGGCAAUGAUGCUUGCAUGUGAAGAGGCAGAGUUCGAGCGGCUCCAGAUCCACCAGAGGUUGGACGACACACAAAACCUAUUACGUCGGGUCCAGGACAAUAUCUCCGCCCAGACAGCAACCGUUCUGAAUGGCAUGUCAAUUUUGGCAAAGGUCCACUCCAUUGUGAGCGGAGAGACCCAAUCUCCCUGGGCAUCUAUGAAGGAAAUCGUGGUGAAAGCCUGUGUGUCUACUCAGCAAAUCUACUCUGUCGUGCUGGAUAUCAAGGCUUCAAUAGCAAGCAAGGUGGAUGUUCGGUGGUCAUUUUUCCAGGACCCCCUCAUCUGCGAAGAUGCCCUUGGCCGGAAAUUUCCAGUGCCUUCUGAGUAUGAUUUUGCAAUGUUGAAUGCUAUCAUUCGACAAAGGUUCCAGGCUGGACCAGGAUCUGCUGAAGUUACCUGGGGGGACUUUGAAAUAACCGAGGCCACAGACCGAUCAACCGCCCUAUCCAAGUCCUCCUUUUUACGACCCGGAAGCUCAUUAAUUAUGGCGAUUCUAAUGCAGCAUCGAUCUUCAAUCAUGACGGAAGAGGAUUGUCCGAUGCCACGGUGCGGUUCCAGCGUAACGAGAGAGGUAGAUGGAGGCGGCAGAAGAUGUGGCGGGUGUAAUGUGUGGUUCGCUGUGUCCACCAAGAAACGCAAGGCGAAAGAACUUAGGGAGGCAUCAUCCCUCCCGCAAACCCAGGACGUCAUUGCGAACGACGGUGAACCGACCCGAAGUACUUCCAGAAAGCGCCAAAAAGUUACCUACCGUCAUGAAAGUGUGAGGGCAUACAAGAAUGUGUCCGUGGUAUAUGACGCUCGUGAUGUGUCUGAUCUUGAAGAAGAUGAACGUCGAGAGUCCGAGAACCCGGCUCAUCAGCCAGUGAAUGAGCCGACCCCGACAAUACCUGACUUAGAUGAACUCUUCCACAGCUAUUUCUCGUGGGAAGAUUAUCUUGCUGAAACGGAUCCCCACAUGGCUGUCGAUGUGGUUCUUAGAAAGACAUUCAACCGCCAUUCGAAGGCUGACGAGCGAAUGGAUGACCCCAAGGUCUGA